AGGACUUGUUCGCUCUCGUGGUUAGGAUCUUUUCGGUGUUACUUUCCGUCUGUUUCCUGUGUUGCAGAAAAUCAUGAAGUCUCACCGUAAAAGUAGCCAUGUUCUUGAGUAAACUCUUUAGUCGUAAGAAGAACGACCGGCGACUUCAGCGAGAAAUCUGGUCGUCGUCAAUCAGUAUAAUUUUUCACCUCGCACCAGCACAGCGCAGGCGCUUCUUCUCUAAUAAGUCAGAAGCAACAAGCACAAACUCGAUUGCUACCAGCUUCUCUACUCUCUUUGAAACACCAACAACUAGAACUAUCUUCAAAAACAUCAUCAACAUGACUGGAGCUUUCCAAAUUGCUCCACAUGAGCAUCACCCAGCUUCUCUCCGCAACAGGGAACCAAUCUGGGAGAAGCUAGGACCUGUGUUGCAGGAUAUUGUUGCUGAUUCUACCUGCAGAAAAGCAGGAACCUCCAUCGGAGAAGUGCAUGUGUUGGAAGUUGCUUCCGGAACUGGUGCUCAUGUAGAAUUCUUUCAUGAGCAGAUCAUCCUCAAGUCGCAGUCGGAGGUGGGUUGUACUAAUAAAACUGCGCCUAGUGGUGGUUCAUCUAAUGAGGAAGCGACUAUACAACCCUUUAUGAAGCUGAUCUGGCAGCAAACGGAGAAAACUUCAGAUAUGGCACAACGAAUAACCGAUACCAUGCAGAUUGCCGAACGAAAUGAUCAACAGCAAGAUGCUGGCACACCUAGUACAAGCACAUCCCUCUCGCCUUCGUCCUCCUUUUCCGUCGUCCGUCCACCAUUGGUUCUCGAUUUGCUGAAUGUAGGCGAUAGUGAAGUUCUUAGUACGGAGGGAUCUCCUUCGACACAAGGUGAAGGUCAUCCUUUGUACGACCUGAUCUUCGCCUGCAACGUGAUUCAUAUUUCGGAGUGGACUGCUACGGAGAAUCUAUUCCGAGAUUUGAUCGGUAAAAGGGUCCAUCCUCGCAACGUGGUCAUCUAUGGACCGUUUAAACGGUAUGGAGAGUUCACGACCGAAUCUAACGCAGACUUUGACACUAACCUCAAGAGUCGGGAUCCAUCAUGGGGUCUGCGAGAUUUGGAGAGUGUGGAAAAGCUCUCUUGGGAAGUGGGGUAUAAGUUGAAAGAAGUACAUGAGAUGCCAGCAAACAACUUUUUGUUGCGUUUUGACAGGGAUGAUGUAUACGCAAAUAUAUGAUAACAAGAGUAGAGAGAAGAUUCUUUGGAGCAGGAUAGCAGCAUGAGUAGCAAUAUUGUAGUGCCGCAGCAUUUGACUGUGUACUCAUUCUCGCUGGUUCUAAUAAGGUGGUGGUUCGAUGUAACACAUAGCAGACGUAAGACGUAGCGGCAUCGUCCAGCUUCCCUAAUGGCUAUUGCAAGGGACCGAGAUCCUAACGAAGAUCUACGUCUACAGUUUGAAGAUCUAG